GUAAAGUGAUGUGGUUAGCAGAACUAAAGAAUUUCUGAAGUCCUUACGAAAAUCCAUCUGCAAGGCACGCUUGCGGUAGCGAAAGCCGGUGAUAUUGCACGCUCCCUGAAGGGACUAAGCUGGCCUCUCUCUUCAAAGCGGAUGAAAUGGCGAGUCAGAGUGACCAGUCCUUCCAGUACAGAGCUCCUAGGCAGCCCCGGGGCAGCCCAGCCUCCCCAGCCUCGCAGAUACAGACUUCAGCUCCGCCCCCCACUAUCCCAGCUGUCCUGUUGGCCACGGCAGUCCACGCUUUCAGAUACGUGAAUGGACAGCAUGAGAAGCUGGGCAAAACUGGAGCUGCAGUCCUCGGAAACCACGUAGCACGGGAGUAUAAGGUUCUGCUUUACUACAACCAACAGGACCAUGUGACCUCUGCCACAGUCCACCCUGGGUUCAUGUUCACGAUUCAGCCGGGUAACUAUGGCAGCUUCUAUGAUGACCACAAGCAGAACUGGUCAAUAAUGUUCGACUCAGAGAAGGCCAGAGUGGACUUUUGUAAAGAGGUGUGCUUAGCAAAGAUGAACAGCGCUCCCUCGCUGGAUGCAGUCAUUGUGCAGGACCUGAUUUUGGGAGAAGGCCAUGCUGCUGAGUGCGGAGACACCCUAGAGGUGGACUACACUGGCUGGCUGCUGCAGAAGCACACCGUGGGACAGGCGUUUGACUGCACCAUCAGCCGAAACCAGCCACUGAGACUGAGGAUCGGGGCUGGGAAAGUGAUCAAGGGUCUGGAGCAAGGCAUGUUGGGAUCACGAAAAGGUGGGCGACGGUUCCUGGCAGUGCCCCCAAGCCUGGGUUAUGGGUCACAGGGUGUCUUGAACCAAGUGCCUGCAGACAGCACGCUCAUCUUUGAGACAGAAAUACGCCAGGUGAAACCUGCAAAGGACAAGGGACUGAACCUCAAUCCUGCAGUGUUUCGGCGUGAUGAUUCAAUCAGUUCAUCCUCCAGUAUGUCAACACAGCUUCCCAACACAAUCCCCAACGAACAAAGGGACUGCCUAUCACCUGCCAAGUCCCUUCCUUUGAGGAAGCAGCCCUUGAACCCUGACAUUGCUGAGGGUAAACUGAUAUCCCCGAAAGCCAGAGUGGAACAGACCAAGCUUUCCUUUCUCUCGGAGGCCAUCCCUGCCCCCCUGUACCAUAGUGUAGACACAAUGACCACCGCUGGUUGCAGUAGUUUCUCUGUGGAAACCAUCCAGCAGCUUCCAGUAGAUGCUGUGCUUUGUAACGGUACCGAUCUCAUAUCUUUCUUGAUGACGGAAGCCCGACAGCACAGCACUGAAAUACGAUUGGCAGUCGGGAAAGUGGUUGAUAAAGUUGACCUGCUGGCAUCGAAGGUGGAUGGACUCCAGAAACAAUGGUGGCCACCAAUGGGCAUGUCUCCUGUUUCCAUGGACACUGUAACAAUCAUGCACAACAUCCAGAGAAUCAUCCAGGAGAAUGAAGGUCUGAGGGAGGACAUCUCUGAGAAAAGCUUGCAUAUCAAGGAGCAGAACAUUAAGAUUGGGGAGCUCAUCAACCAGGUCCAGAGGUACAUGGAGCAGAACAACCUGCUGCUUGAGCAGAGGAGUGACUUGGUCCAGUCUACAAGUGAACGGAACAAGGAACACCUCCUGCAGGCUGAGCAGGAAAAGGUGCAGCUUGCAGAGGAGUUGGCGUCGUCUUCCUCACGCCUAUGUCAACUGCAGCUGGAAGCUGUGUCAUACCAGCAGAAGGUUGAGGAACUGAAGUCUAAACUGAGCGCUGCCCUGCAGGAGAAGGAGAGACUCAUUGCCCAGGACGCCUCACUAGAGCUGCAGGUCACAGAAGUGAUGGAAGAGUUGGAGCUUAUGCGGGAGCAGCACCGUGCGGAGAGACAGAGGCGCAAGGAGGCGGAGCUUCAAGUGUGCCGUCUAGAGGAGGAUCUUCAAGAUGUCAAAAUAGACAAAGAGCAACUGGAACAAACCCUGGCGAACAGGAACAGGAAAUGGCAGGAGGAACAUAAACGAUGUGCUGAGGAGUUGGAAGAGGUCAGGCAAAGCAGCCUGCUUAAGGGGAUCUGGCAGGGCAUGCAGCUGGGAGGCAGCUGGAGCAGCGCUGUCUCUGUCCCCCCACAGCUCUCCAGGCCUAGGAAGUCUUGCGAUGUGGAAGAAUGGUGCUUACAGUGGCAACAGCGACAGGGGGAGGAGCUACAGCGCCUGAGAGACACGGUGAAGCGUGUGAUGAAUGGUGUGUUCCACGUCCUCAAGGGCCAGUUUGAUUUGCAGGAGAUGUACAGUGGUGAGGCUGUGCUUGAGACAGUCAUGUACAUUAUGAAGACGGUCACAAUGAAGUUGCUUGAUGAAAUUGAACUGGCAUUGUGGAGAAAGGUUGCAAAAGAUGAAGGUGGACAGAAGAAGGGAAAUGCAGAAACUUGUCUACAGGAGGUACAACAGUGUGGGAAGGAUGAUGAGUUGCUUGAGGAAAUGGAAAACCAUAAGACACAAACUCCCGAGGAGCUGCCAAGCAGGGAGAGCAGAGGAAAGGCAACUGCAGAAGAGGGAGAGUGGCUGGAGUUGAGAGAUGAUGAUUGUACACACAUGCAAAAUACGAAUAACGGGCAGCUGCAGGGGAGUAGGGCUUAUCGGCUACCUGUCUCAGUGGAAGAAGAGUCAGUCCAAAAACAGAAGGAUUUUGAGGAGGAAUCCAAACAGGAAGUGGAGGAUACUGCAGAAGGUGGGCUCAACGAACCACAAGGAAAAUUCUGUGUGUCAAAAGUAGAGCACUGCCCACAACCGGUGCUCAAGGACCAAGAGACAGAAUCUACGCAGUCAAAAUCAGAUGGUUUCCCACAUGAAAAUGAACCAGAUGGAGAAUAUAGCCAAUCAAAAGCCAGGGAUUCCACAGAAGGUGGACUCGGGAAACAAGAGGCAGAGUCCAGCCUCUCAAAGGUGGAGGAUUGCAUGGAAGGUGAGCUCCAGGAAGAGCAAGCACCUCACAGGUCACAAUUAGAUAAGUUCAUAGAGGUUGUACUUAUAGGGCACAAUGCAAUACCCAGCCACUCAGGCCCUGAUGAGUCUGCAGAAGGUGGGCUUAUGGAACAUAUAGAAGCAUCCAGCCAGUCAGAACCUGGGGCUUCUAUAGAAGGUAGGCUUAAGGAGCAAGGAAGAGUAUCCAGCCAGUCCGCACCAGACAUUUCCCCAGAAAGAGAACUUAUGGAACACAGUGCGGUGUCCAACCCCUUGGGGCCGAAGGAGUUCCCAGAAGGUGAGCUUAUGGAGCAAAGAACAGUGUCUUGUCAGUCAGGGUCAGAAGAAUCAACAGAAGGUGGGCUUAUGGAAUGUAUAGCGGUAUGCAGCCAAUCGGAACCUGGGCUUUCCACAGAACGUGAACUUAAGGAGCACAGAAGAGCAUCUACCCAGUCAGGGCCAGACGUUUCCCCAGCAGUUGAACUUAUGGAACACAGAGGAGUGUCUAGCUGUUUGGGGCCUGAGGAGUUACCACAAGGUGGGCUUAUGGAGCACAGAGCAGUGUCUAGCCUAUCAGGACCAGAGGAAUCCACACAAAGGUACUCCAUAGACACACCACCAGGAGAUAAGUGUAUAAAUGACUGACCCCUACUUGAGUAAGCAGCUCUCCACUCCCUAGUGCCGACACAAGUAGUAACAGCAUUUCCCACCGAGGUUGGGUUCCUGUUUAUCUCAGUAUGGGCUCUGCUUUGUUUGAUGCUUCCACAGUCAAGCAUAGGCAAUAAAUCAUUUUUCAUAAUUGCUGCCUGUUAAGAUUCCUCCUGCCCAUGUCUUAAUGGAAUAUUGCAGGCAGUUACCAAACCUGUGUUCUAUCCGAGUG